CCAUUUAAGGUGUUUAAAUUGAUACAACGCGUUCAGUCUGUUUUAUAGUUUUUACAAGCGAUGUAAAGUUACUUAAUUAUUAUUGACUGUAACAUUGUGAUACUUUAUCUAACGUUAAUGCUUUAUAUUUUGUGUAAAUAAACCGCAAACGGUGCGUCCCUUUUCGCUCACUAUGUAGUGAAUCAGCGAAUAGUAAACACGAAUUCAGUCGCGAUGCACAAACGGAUCUUUCGAAACUCCGAGUCAAUUGAAUCAAUCGGUUCGCAAAAUGAUUCAUUGUUUCGAAUCGCGGCUCGCUCAGGAGACACUGCUGCUCAAAACAACGAGAACAAAAACAUGAGAAAUGACAACUUUUACAAACAAUAGCAUUUUUUGAAAGUGUAAUCUAUUCCAAAUGUCAUAUACUAAUCAUUACAUAUAUUAAUCAAAACUAAAUUGCAGUGCGCUGACUACUGAUCAAGGGACCUGAUUGAGACGCACCCAGAGAUUUAGUUUGCAUUUGUUUAUCUUUCAGCUAAUUAUUCUGAUCUUAAACAGGACGAAGUGUUCAAACGCACAGAAAAACUCCUGCUGAAGCGACUCAGAUCCAUGUGAUUAUAAAGAUUGAAUGUGAUUAAACGCCAUUAUAAAGAUGGCGUUUAUUAAAGAGGAGAGUGAAGACGUGAAGAUUGAAGAAGCAUUAAGAGUCAAACAUGAAGAUACUGAGGAACAAACAGACCUGAUGGUGCUGAAAGAGGAGAGUCAAGAACUGAAUGAAAUGGGAGAGAAAGAUCAAUAUAAGAGUCAACGUGAUUUCAUAACUGGAGAAAAAUCUUUUAGUUGUUCACAGACUGAAAAGACUUCCUCAAGAAAGAAGGCUCAAAAGACAGGAAGUAGUAUUUAUUUCACCUGCCAACAGUGUGGAAAGAGUUUUAGUCAAAAAGAAGGCAUUAAAAGACACAUGAGAGUUCACACAGGAGAUAAGCCUUAUGUCUGCCAACAGUGUGGAAAGUGUUUCAGUCAAAAAGUAACUCUUAAAGCACACAUUAGAAUUCACAAUGGAGAGAGGCCUUACAUAUGCCCUCAGUGUGGAAGGAGUUUCACUCAACUUGGAAACCUUGGAGUCCACAUGAGUGUUCACACUGGAGAAAAGCCUUACAAAUGCCAACAGUGUGGAAAAAGUUUCAACCGGAAAGGAAAUCUUAACUCCCACAUGACAGUUCACACUGGAGAGAGCCUUUUCACCUGCCAACAGUGUGGAACAAGUUUCACUCAAAAAGGAAGCUUUAACAGACACAUGAGAAUUCACACUGGAGAGCAGCUUUACACAUGUGAUCAGUGUGGAAAGAGUUUUGGUCAACAUGAAAACCUUAAAGUCCACAUGAGAACUCAUAGAAGAAAACCCCACACAUGCUCUCAGUGUGGAAAGAGUUUCCGUCAAAAACGACACUUUGAAGACCACAUGAGAAUUCACUCUGGAGAGCAACCCUACACAUGCCCUCAGUGUGGAAAGAGUUUCAAUUAUAAGCGACACUUUGAAGAUCACAUAAGAACUCACACUGGAGAGAAGCCUUUCACCUGCCAACAAUGUGGAAAGUGUUUCAACCGAAAAGGAAGCCUUAACAGGCACAUGAGAGUUCACACUGGAGAGAAGCCAUUUAUAUGUGGUCACUGCGGAAAGAGUUUCAGAUAUAAAAUAGGCCUCAAGUCCCACAUGAGUUUUCACAUAUGAGAGAGCUGUAUUUUAUGUCACCAGUUUGGAAUUGUGGAGUUUUACAAACAGGAAUCAUGUAAUAACACUACAGAGAAACAUCACUGUGGAAAGACAGAAACAAGACAAUCUUGAGGUUCAUAGAACCACCCCUGAUAUUGUACAAAAAACCUGAGCAGCAGAUUUGGGCUUUGUUUACACCUGGGUUUAAAGUUAGUUUUGGUUAAUAGCUGGUAAAGGAGAGCAGAAAAAAAAACAGGAUUGCUAAUGAUAUAUAAGGCUAUGAUUAUAUCCGUCUUGGAUUAUGGCUGUAUAAUAUAUAGUGCCACAUGAAUAACAUUUUUAAAUUGUAUAAAAUACAGUGUAGAGCUGUAAGGAUAAGCUUAGGAGCAGCAAAAUCAACUUCAGUUAAUGUCCUACUGACUGAGGCAAAUGAAAUGCCACUGAAUUUGCAUAGAGUAAAAUUAUCCCUGGUAAAAAUUGUUGGCACCCUUGGUAAAUAUGAACAAAGAAAUCUAUCCUUUCACUGAAAUAGAAGAAUUUAAAAUGGGGGGAAAAUCUCAUUAUGAGAAAAAUGGUUUUCUCUAGGACACUUUUGACGCAAUUAACAGUACCUUUUACUCGAUACUAUUUGCAACGUCCUUUGCCAAGAUCACAGUUCUGAGUUUUCUCCUAUAAUCCCUUAAGAGUUUGGAGAACACCUGAUAAGAGAUCAGAUUCCCAGCUCUAUGUUGGUCCUUCUUCUCUUCAGUUCACCCCACUCAUUUUCUAUAGGGCUCAGGUCAGAGGAUUGGGAUGGAUAUGGCAAAGCUUCAUUUUGUGCUCAGUGACCCAUUUUUGUGUUGAUUUUGAUGUUUGUUUUGAAUCAUCGUCCUGAUGGAAGAUCCAACCACAGCCCAUUAUAAGAUUUCUAACAGAGGCAGUCGGGUUUAGGUUUAUUUUUUUUUUCUGUUGGUAUUUGAUAGAAUCAGUGAUGCCAUGUAUCUGAACGAGAUGUCCAGGACUUCCAGCAUAAAAAUACACCCACAGCAUUAAAGAUACAGCAGAAUAUUUAUUUUACACAUGGGGUAAUUUUAUCUCUGUGUACACCAAGCCCAUUUCAAAUGUUUGCUGCCAAAAAAGCUUCUUUGCCAGUCCUGUUUGAAGUUCCAUUCAUGUCUGAUAACUGAAUAUGCAUUCACGUUCAUCAAAAUGCAUUGUAUUCACUUCACUAGUCAAAAGGAAUGCAUGUUGAUCCUUCAAAUCUUAUCCUUCCAUCUUAUUAAAAACAGACAUUUCACUUGCAACAGCAGAACAAACAUACAUCCAAAAUUGGUAUUCGGUUCCAAAGUUUUUUAAUUUUAUUUACUUUUUUUUACCCAAGAUGCAGAUGAGAGAGUUUACAUUGCAUGUUUCAUUUAAAACAUCACUUCCUGCCAGACUGUAAAAAAAUUACCUCAUUAACAGAACAUAUACUUUAAUUCUUUAAACUUUGCAUAAUUGUUCCCUUAUACCUACAUGUACGUACUAUAUAGGUGCACUAAUAAAUACGAAAAGGUACACUGUAUUCGGUUUACUUACAGUGUACAUUUUGGGCUGUAAUCUAAGCGUUAACCUUUUCCAUCCUUUGUCACAAAACCAAAUGGGUGUUUUUGUCCAUUUUCAAACCUCUUUGAGGUUACAUUAUGAUAUACAAAUUCAGGCAAUUCUAAACAAAUAACUGUGUGUUAGAUGUAUGCAAUGUACAACCCUUUUGAUUAUAAAAAUCUAUCAAUUGCUUGCUUACCGUGCGCACCCACAACACAGUUAAACCAUAUGUUAUUGUAUGUCCGUCAUGACAACUCUUGGAGAGUUUAGCAUAGUAAUAUACAUGGUAAUGUUAAUGUGUUUGGUCUUGGUGGAAUAGAUCUGCUGUGCUGCUGCUGCUGCUGUGACAGAGCAAGUACAGAGACUUGUUACUGCCAAUACAUCCACAACAUGCUACUGUGAGCAUGCAAGAAAUACUGCUGCUGCACGUAUAUAUGAAAGGGGCUUGACAUUAACUUAUUUGCUCACCAGCCACAGUGGCUAGUGGUUUUCCAAAAUUACUAGCCACUCAGCAUUUUCACUGGCCACAAUUUUGUUGUUGGGAAAUUACAUUUUAUAUGACUAAAGUUACUGCAUACUAUAAUUUAUUUAAAUUGAAUUCUAGGUCAUUUUUUGCAUAUUUAAAGGCCAUUUUCCUUAACUGUAUUAAAUGCAUGUGUCAUCUUUCAUAUCAAACUUUUACAUUGUAUAAUAAUUUAAUUUAAUGUUAUAAGACAAUAUAGGGCUGUUACCAAUCAAAUGAAAUCAGGAUUAACAAAACUGACAUUUCCACUGCAGAAGAAACAGAAGCAGCUAAAGUGGCAUUUAUGCAGACAGUUUAAUGAAGCUGAAAUGUAGCAUGAAUGCAUUAACACUGUAAAAUUAUAAUAGCAUAA